AUGUCUUCACAGAAGCAGGCCGGCGUUGCCAUACGCUCGCAUCGAUGUGUUGCAUUCCAUCAGCUGGCAUCGCAGGUAACCCAAGCGGAGAUCCUUCGCCGCUUGGCCAAAGCAGAGCCGAGGCCCUCGGCUCCGUAUUUUCCUUGCCCCCAGCCAGGCCAAUGGGUCGCAGCACGCGAAGGGAAGCCGGACGGCAGCCUACGUGCGGACAUUGCAUCCGACAACUGGUACCCCACCCAUCCUGAAACAGGUGGUGUUCUCAAGCCGGACGUCACGAUGUUUGGGGAGGCCCUGCCGGCAGGGGCCCUGGGCCGCUCCUGGAGGGCCGUCCUCAGCUCGCCGGUCUGCUUGGUGGUGGGGACGGGCCUCAACGUCAUGCCGGCCAACAUGGUACCAGGACUGGUAAAGUGGCGCUGGGGGAAGCUGAUAAUCCUGAAUCUGGACCAUUCAGGGUCCUCGAGCGCCGAUGUUUUCUUGCAAGGCAGGGCCGGAGAGGUCUGUGCAGCCGUUGCCUGCGGCGAUGCGAUCUACGCAAUAGGAGGGCGCGGCGUAGAUGGAGAAUCACUUGACAGCGUGGAGUGCUACUACCCUGCCAAGGAUGUCUGGGUACCGGCUCCGCCUCUGAAGAGCUGCAGCGGCUGGCUGGCGGCCACCGGUGCCUGGGGAGGAGUUUGUGUGGCUGGCGGCGAUCGGGAUGAAGCAAACCUCGACUACCUUGACGCCGUAGAGCUCUUCCAGCCAUCUUUGCGCUGCUGGAUUCCACUGCCGCCGAUGGGCACAGCGCGGUGGGCAUCAGCGGCAGCCUUCACGGCAUCCGCGGCGCCUUUCACAGAGGGCGCAGCCUUCGUGGCUGGAGGCUACGGCCGCGGCGAGAAGUUCGGCGAGAAGGUGCUUUCCAGCGUGGAAUGUCUCGCCUUGGGCUCGAAGGGGUGGCGGAGACUGCCCUGCCUGCCCAGCCCCAGAGCAGCCCAUGCCAUGUCUGCGGUUGCGGGCAAGCUCUAUGUGGCGGGCGGCCUUGGUCUCGAGGACCAGCCCUUGUACUCCGUGGAGCGCUUCGAUCUUCACCUGGGCCACUGGGAGGUAUUGGGUGCAGAGUUCGUGAAGCUUGAGUCGGGGCUUGAGACGUGCGUCUGUGGUGCCGCUGAGCUGGAGAAGAGCAAAACCGCCGCCGGCAAAGCCGAGGAGAAUCGGCCUGGUGAUCCGAAGCAGAGAAAAACGGCGGCCAAGGCUGCCCCCAAAACUUGCCUUGGAAGGGCCUGGCGGGGUCUCUUUGACCUGGUGCUGCAGCCGCCCCCGCUGGUGGAGAUGAUCUGGAAGUUGCUGCUGACGGUCCUGCUGUACAGCUUGGCCAUGGCGUUUGUCAUACAGCGGCUAGUGCUGAUGGGCAGCGCCAGUGAGCUUCAAGCUUUGUACCAGGCUUCAGGGACAAUCACAAGCUCUCCACAUCUACGAAUCGAGCUGACAGCCUGCGUCAUGCAGAUUUCCGUGGUUUCUGGCACGUCCGUGCGUCUAGCCGACCGAACCAUUGGGCAGGGUUCGUUCUUUGAUGCAGCCUCCUCCAAGGUGUCACUUGUGGACACAGGCAGCUGUCUCCUAGUGAGCUGCCUUGGACCUGCCUCGGAGCCUGGAUUCCAGGUGUUGGCUCACCUGCAGGUGGGCUCUGAAGCCAAUCUUUCUUUUACUUCGGUCCACCUCCUUCCCGGGGACAGAAGCUCGUUGCUACUGGCCGGUGCGAACAGCAGCGUUUUUGGUGAGAACUUCUCUGUGGUGGGGCAGCUUGGCUUGGUGCAGCUGGAGUACUUUCGCGCACCAAAGUUUUUCGCCACGCUGCGGAAUGGGCUUCUAGAUGUCAGGUAUCCACAAGUAUCAGCUGCAGUGCUGGAUGUUGGAGGUGCCGCAGUCUCUCUUCGAAUCGGCACGGAGAGCUCCGUGCGACUUCUCCUCGCUAAAAGCUCAGAGCUGACGGCCGGCACACCGAUCGAUAGCACAUGCUUGUCGGAUGCGGCCGGUGUGCCGACUUGGAAUGAGACCGCCGGGGACGUCUCUUUGGGAGAUGAUCCGAACCCUCCUGAGUUCAGGAUCCUUCGUGGAGCCGGUGGUAGCCUUGGAGCGCUUUUCGCGUCGCGGGGUGUGUUGCAGCAUGAGCGCAUGGCUGAAGUGAACACCCGGGACUCCAUGGGCACAGCAGGGUUCCAGGCAGAAAGCGACUUCACGGUCUGGGCAUCUCAGAGGGCCAAGGCGGGUGCUCAAGUUCUCCGCUUGCGUGUGGUAGCUCCUGGUUUUGACGACGACCUCGGCAGCAUUAACGCAAGAUCGGAAUGGCUUUACUCUGCGUACGGCAAUGUCUAUAUCUGGCAUCCGCUGAGUGCCUUCUACUUAGCGACAUUGAGCAUCUUCACGCCAAUCGUGAGCCGGACUGAUGUGGUUCUCACGUCGACGCAAUGUACGCCACGGGUUGCGCUGGUGUCGCCGGGCGAUUCUUGCAUGCCGGACUCUGCAAGGUACGGCAGCUACGGCACGGAUGCGCUUGGUGGCACUCACAUGGCGCUCGGGCAAGCGCUGCCCGAGGUCCUGAGCUUCAGCAACCGCACGGCCAGCAGGAUCUACCAGCUGCGCUCCACAACGACGGUGGCUCCUUUUCUGCCGAGCAUCGCUGAUGCUGUCGUCUCAGAGUUCCAGUACAGUGGCCAGUCGGGAGUCAACAGCAUGCUAACCCUGAACUCUGUUGGCGACCGUGGAAACUUCAUGGAUUUGCGAAGCCAAGCUUUUGCGACGAUUGCCGUCAUCGUGUGCCUGGUCUUGCCAUUUUUCAUCACGAUCCUGGGCUACAGGUUCUAUCAGACCGAGAAAGCCAAGAUCCUGGCCGCAGACGGUUGGCGCAUUUGGCCCAUCUUGUGGCAGGCGAAGCAGAAGGCCAUGGAAGAGGCAGCACACUUCGUGGCUGAAGCCGAAGCCGCAGAGCCGGAACCUUCAGAGCAAGGCCCAGGCCGAGGCCCGGAGCAGUUAGAGGCCGGGGCUCCAAAGAACCGGAAGGGGCCGGAAGCGGUGCGAGAGAACCUCUUGUCCAUUCUUGCAAAGUUUGCCUCGGAGAGCCUCACCUCCAUCGCAGACGGAGUGCAGGAGGUCGUGGACCAAGUCGUCGAUUUUGAGAUGUCCGAAGCAGAGAAGGAUCUCUACAGCCGAGCGGAAGGAUUACUUGGCAGGAGUGCCAAUCUCCUAACCUUCGUGGAGUGUGUCGUCUUUCGCCGUGUGGGCAGCUUGUCAUUCUACUCUGAUGGCCUCGUUUACGCUUCCCUGCUAGUCAUUCUCCACUUUGGCAUUUUGCAAGUCCUCAUGGUACCUGCAGCGGCGAUUUUCUUGGUGAACUCCUACAACAUCACGGACUAUCAAGGGGUCUACUUCCUUUCGUCGCUGUUGCUUGGGGAGUUGAACUCAAGCCAUCCGCUCUCACAAGCAGGCUGGAUCAUCAUUCUCACGACAGAAGUCUUCAUGCUCUUCUACACAAUAGUGGAGUAUUUGUGCCGGCAUAUCGAUCAGGUCAUACUUACACAGACGCAGCUGGCAGCCGGACGCCUUUCAGUUCAUCGACGUCGACUGCUGAAUCUUCGGGCAAGCCGCUUGUUCCGUGACAACAUGUUUUUCCUGCUCCUGAUCUUCUUGCACAUUGGAAUAACGCUGGGAAUUGCAUUCUCACUCUACUUGCUGUUGGGUGCCUGCGUCACCCCCGAGACAGUGGCACCCGUCCUUAUCGGGCUGAUCGCCACGAUUUAUGUUGGAAGGCGCACGGCAGAGCUUGUGUUCUCCUCUUCGCGGAGUCUUCAAGCCCAGCUCAUGAACGCGGCAUCCGGCAUGCAGUCGGACGCAUCUACCGUGGGGGAGGCCCUUGAGGAGACCUUGACCGAGCUUGGAUUGAACGAUGCGCAAGUUUUACUCUUCUCGCUGGUGAUCACUGGCACCUUCGCCUGUGCGGUGGCCUUCGUCUUGCUGGGCAGCUCUCUUUUCAUUACUGCAGAUUCCAUCGCCCCUGCAUUGAUCUCUGGGCUGGCGACGGUCACCGGAGCACUGGCAGCCGCACGAGGGGGUGCUGGUGCUGAGGACACGCUCAUGAAGUUUGAGGCUCUGAAGAACUUCAAUGCCAAAGUGCAGGAGGUUCAGAAGUUCUCUCAGCAGGCUAAUGACGUGCAGAGCUCGACAGGGGUUAGGACGGCUGGGAUCGCUGUGCCAUGCGAAAGACUAGUUUUGCUUCCGGAUUAUUGUGCCCUGACUUAUGUUCGAGUGCAUGGCUUCCGCUGA